CGCCGGUAUAAAAACUCGAGCACAGGCGCAUCCAAACCAUAACAACCACCAUCGUGAAGCAGGGUACACCCUUAGUGAAAAUACAUAAAUACAUUACAUUAUAUUACAUAAAUACAUUGAGUAUUCAAGUUCAUAUGACGUGAAGUGAAUUUCAGUUAUGCUGUAAUUUUAUAUCACUGAACCAUGGCUUACUACUGGAUCUUCAUAACGUUUUCCUGGUUCGGCAGCGUCAGCCUCCAGUACAUCAACACUGGGGGCCCUGGCGCGGAGACCCUCCUCGACCCUCUGGACUCGUCCCUCCACUACCCUCCUCUGCCGUACCUCAACUACUACAACAUGCCAGUCGCUAGAAGCAACUACGACAACUUCCAGAACGACGAAAACGAUCACGCAUUCUACCAACAAGAGCAAGAGUCACUGGAUCUGCAGAGGAAACGGAGAACGGUAACUGAGGAUGUUAAUGACACUAAAGAUGAAGACCAGGAGAAGCGCUGGCUUCCCGACCUUAUAGACAGUGACAAGACGUUGUAUCUACACAACGAUGGUAAGGUCAACCCGUUUAUCAUCCAAGCAUUAGCUGAAGCUUUAGACGGCAAUACGAGUGACAGCAACUUAAUUCAAACCUUAGAAAACAAGCGGAGCUUCAGUCCUUGGGGCGGCAAAAGAGACAAGCCAUUCAUAGAGCACACUUGGACUUGGAAACGUACGCCCGGGAUCCGAGAGCCGAGCAUGCCGAAAAGAGUACGUUUCAGUCCUUGGGGAGGAAAACGGAGCGGCCAGAUGAUCUUUAAACCGGGUAAUAAGAGCACGAAGGUUAUAUUCUCGGCGUCACUGCCUGAACUCACACGCAUAAUUUCCAACUAUUCGCCAAACGGAAACAAGUUUGACCUGACCGGUAUGCAGUUCGUCCCGUCUUUGGGAAAGCGGCACCCUGUCAAGAUACUGGCUCUGAGCACUAAUUUGGACGAGAGAUCGCUUCGAGAUGCUUUACCCUUCAACUCUUUCAUGGAACCGCUGCCGAGGAUCUUCAAACCUGGCCACCCGUACUUGGAUGUCAAUUUAAAGAAGGACGGAAAGAGGAAGGUCAAAUUCAGCGCGUGGGGAGGAAAGCGAUCGCCUCCCAUCAUAGGGCCGAUAUGGACGCCUGCAUCUCGAGAUCUCCAGGAAUCGACGCUGAAUACGAUAGUCUUAGUACGAAAACAGGACAACGCCGCGAAAAAUUUGUAAUGCCUUCGAAACGAGAAUAAAUGACACCUACGUUACAAUUUGUUACGAUGCUUCUCGAUACUAAAACCUAGAUAGUCUUUAAGUAGUUUGAUUUAAAUAAAUGUAUCUAUAGUUUAAUGUGCCAUAGUAAAGUUACGCCAUUAGAGCUGCAAGGAUGCAAGGUUAUGCUAAUUGUUCAAUUCUAAACACGAUCAACGAUAACUACCUAUUCGAUUCUGAGCCUGCAAAGAUUAUAAAAUAAUUCCAAGCUUAGGAUCAAGUAGGAAAGAGUAGGUACUAAUUACUAUUGUCCCGUAGUUAAUGGAUAAAACGCAAAUGGUAGGUACACCACCUAAUUAUCUGAAAGUAAUUUGACUAAAAAUUAGUUUUGAAAAAAUUCCCAAGUUAAAUUUAUUUUUCGGAUUUUCGGGUAAUUUUAACGAAAGAAAAAUAAUUAUUGCAUUCAGUUUCUUCUACAAAACAAAUAAAACGUUAUUUAUAAAAGCAGUAUCUUAAAUACAUUGGUAACUUAUUCCGUAAUGUCUAACAAAAAUCAGAUCUUCAAAAUCUUUAAAGCAGCUACGGCAUUGAAAAAAUGAUUCGAGACAGAAAAUUUUGAAAAUCCGAAAAAACGAUAUAACCCUAGGAUUUUUUCCAAAACCUACUACAGAUAAUUCAGUGGUGUAACUACCAUUUGCGUUUUAUCCAUUAAUUACGGGACACCCUGUAUGUCUACUACCUACGCAGUUCAAACCUAUUAGCUAUCUUGGGAUCAAAACUACACAACUAAUAUAAAACAAUAUUGUUGCUCGAUUUCUAACAAAGCCUGAGCUAUGCAAUUGCAUCCUCGCAGAAAUAGUAAAGCGCUUCUAAUUGGGAGAAUUAAGUCUGGACGAUUUUUUUAUUUUGAAAAUACUGGCAAUGUGUUUCCGACGAAAAGGCUGGUUUCGCCGGAAACACUCAGACGCAAUCGAGUCAAAUAAUAAUUGUUAUCAAUAAACAAUUUUAGUCAAUUGUUUAAAAAAAAUAAAGUGUUUAUUAGUAAAAUUGUAAUUAAAAUUAUUGGACAAAGGCUAAAUUACAUAUUGUAACUUAUUUAUUGUGCAAUUUAAGUAAAUGUAAAGAAUUAAAAUGACGAGUUUGUAAAAUUUCAUUUAUUUCACCCAAUCAAUGAAUAUGAAUAGAGACAAAUGAAUAUUAAUCAAAAACAUGGUAUUUUUUUACCAUAGGAAAAGAAAUACUAAUAAUGUAUGCCAUUGUUGUCUCAAACCUCAAUAGCCAAUAGGAGUAUCUCAAUGAUUUAACUCGAACCGGUUUUAUUCUCACCUUUUCAAUUUUAGCUUUUUAGAGGAGAUAGGGGAAUAUUGGUCAACUUUAAAAGCUAAUAUUCUAUAAAAAUUACUCUUGAUUAUUGAUUCAAAUAUAUUAUAAUUAUGAUAUCUUAGACUGAACUAGAGCUAUAGGAUGAUAAUUAUAAUAAAAAACAAUUUCAAUUUUGUAGUUUAUUUAGAAAUUCAUAGACUCUUAACUAAAACAUACUGUCAUAAAGAAAUUGUUUUAAAUACACCAUAAGUUUAGUCUCACUGCAAAUUAUUACAAAACAUUUCAAAGUGUUUUUAAUGUGAUUGUUGAUGUUUAAGACAUAUUUAUGAAUUACUAAGAAUUAAAAUAGUGCUCCUAUAAGGUUAAUAAUAUUUUAAUUAUAAAUCAUACAAUUUAGCAAAUCAAUAGCAAAUCAAUAGGGGUAGGUAUAAAAAUAUGUUAAAUUAAAA